UAGACGCGAUGUCUAGCGGAUUGAUUUUCAUAUGUGGCAAAAGUUUCGUGAUUUUAAUUUGAAGGUUUGCUUAAUUUGUUGAUUGUUUCUCCACAAAGUUUGUGAGAGAUUUCAAAUAAAUCAUCAUCAAUCGAGCUGUUGAGUGUCCCAGCAAGAAUAAGUUGACUUUGAUUAACAUUCGAUAAACGAGUAUCGAUUUUCAAAUCACCUUGAUAUGUAUUCAAUCAAUCGAAAAAUUAUCGAGAGAACGACACAACAAUUUGAAAUCUACGAAGCAUAGCUGUAAAUAAGUGAUUCAAAUAUACACAAGAAAAACUUAAUGUUAAGCACUGAACACAGAAACUCAAGUUUGUCGAAACCAUCGUCAAACAUUAUUGGAAAGAAAGAAAAAAAUAACAAACUUUCAUCAUUGGAAGCAAAAGAUACCCUGGCAGGCUGUAUGGACAAAUGGUUCGGAGAAAAACGGCUGUGGUUAUUUGGUAAUCAUCUACCAUUACUUCCGAGAAGUAACAUUCCUUUUAGAUGGACUUCUGGCGACUCAAGUGCAGGAAGUGCGCUGAAAGCAUUAGCCGAACGAUCACGAGGAAGCAGCAGAAUGGAUCGAUACGAGAAACUGAGUCGACUCGGGGAAGGAUCCUACGGUGUCGUAUACAAAUGUCGGGACCGUGAAACGGGUUUGCUCGUAGCAGUGAAACGAUUUGUGGAAUCAGAAGAUGAUCCAGCUAUACGGAAAAUUGCACUAAGAGAGAUCCGGCUUCUGAAAAAUUUGAAACAUCCUAAUCUGGUGUGUUUACUGGAGGUUUUUAGGAGAAAGAGAAGAUUACAUUUGGUAUUUGAGUUCUGCGAACAUACCGUUCUUCAUGAACUGGAGAGAUACCCAGAGGGAUGCCCUGAUAAUCUUACGAAGCAAAUCAUCAUCCAAACGAUUCAAGGAGUAGCAUACUGUCAUAAGCAGGGAUGUUUGCAUCGUGAUAUAAAACCUGAGAACAUUUUGCUUACGGCACAGGGUCAAGUUAAGCUCUGUGACUUUGGCUUUGCCCGUAUGUUAAGCCCCGGUGAAAAUUAUACGGACUAUGUGGCAACACGUUGGUAUCGAGCCCCGGAGCUUCUGGUGGGCGACACGCAGUACGGCACGCCAGUUGAUGUUUGGGCUAUCGGAUGCGUAUUUGCGGAACUGGUGCGAGGCGAUGCUCUUUGGCCAGGAAGAAGUGACGUAGAUCAGCUGUAUCUGAUACGUAGAACUUUGGGGGAUCUGUUACCUCGACACCUAGCGAUUUUUAAUCAGAACGAGUUUUUCAAAGGAAUUACUUUGCCGGUUCCCCCUACCCUAGAACCGUUGGAAACGAAGAUGCCCACGCGAGCUCUGUCCAACCUUUUAAUGAUGGAUUUCCUUAAGAAAUGCCUCGAUAAGGACCCCGCAAAACGAUGGUCUUGUGAACGCUUGAGCAGUCAUCCAUACUUCGAGGAUUACAUCAGCAAGCAGAAGGAAAUCGAACAGACUAUUUCAUUGGAAAGUCAGAAACAGCCGAAUAGUCGAGAUUCAAAGAUCAAAAUAUCCAACACUUCAUUACCGCAGCUAGCAGGUACCCAAGAAUCACGGGUCCCUUUAAAAAAUGCUUAUUUAAGAUCCGAUCAUCACCUGCCGACUAUAUAAUCAAUAUCAAGGAUGUUUGCAGGUACAGUUUCUCUCUAAUUACCUAUCCGCAUCAUGUGUAUUUUUUUUUAUUUAAUG